CCGAAGUUCAAACUUCAAACUCAGAAAACCCUUCUUCUUCUUCUUCUUCUUCUCUGAGACAAAGCUCACUCACUCUCUCUCUCUCUCUCUCUCUGUGCAACUCCUCGUUGCGAAACGCAGACAAACGACAUGAACCAUUAGAGAGUGGCACUUAUCGAUUCCCUUCCAAACACAAAGAAAGAAGAGAAUAAAGAAAAUGCUUCUUCACCUCCAUUUCCAUUUAGUCUCAUUUCUAACAUUCCUGUUCCUCUCUAGUGCUCCGCUCUCUUCCUCUCUCACCCCUGACGGCCUCACCCUCCUCGCUCUCAAAGCCGCCAUAGACUUCGACCCGACCCGCGUACUCGAGUCCUGGUCUGAGUCCGACCCGACCCCCUGCCACUGGCCCGGCAUUGCUUGUGCUCACAACCGCGUCACGGGUCUCGCUCUACCCAACAAGGGCCUCUCCGGCUACAUCCCCUCCGAGCUCGGCCUCCUCGACUCCCUCAAGCGACUCUCUCUCGCCCACAACAACUUCUCCAAGCCCAUCCCUUCCCGUCUCUUCAACGCCACCGGACUCAUCUCUCUCGAUCUCUCUCACAACUCUCUCUCCGGCCCCAUCCCGCCCCAAAUCGCUGCCCUCACAACCCUCAGACACCUCGACUUGUCCUCCAACUUACUCAAUGGGUCUCUCCCCGAAAGUCUCUGCCAGCUCGGGAACCUCUCCGGAACCCUUAACUUGUCGUACAAUGGAUUCUCCGGCGGAGUUCCGGCGGAGUAUGGACGGCUCCCAGUGAUGCUGAGCCUGGAUCUCCAGCACAACAAUCUCACCGGGAAGAUUCCUCAGGUGGGGUCGCUGUUAAACCAGGGCCCCACGGCUUUCUCUGAGAACCCUAGCCUCUGUGGGUUUCCGCUGCAGACUCCAUGCCCGGAAGCCCAAAACCCGAACGUUUUCAGAAGCGCCGAGGAGCCUCAGAACCCCGGAGACCAUAACCAUGACCCUCGGUUACCAAAUGGCGGUGUGGAGAGAGGGAGAGAGAAAGGUGGGUCGGUCGCCGUACGGGUCAUCUCGGGCAUUUCGGUGGUGGUGGCGGCCGUUUCGGUCUCAGUAUGGCUGUUUCGGAGACAGUUGAGGAGGAGGAAGGGUGGCGAGGGCAAAACGGGGAAAGAGAAAGUGGAGAGUGAGGUGGAAGAGGAAGGGCAAAAGGGUAAAUUCGUGGCGGUGGACGAGGGAUUUAAUCUGGAACUAGAGGAUUUGUUGAGGGCAUCGGCGUACGUGGUGGGGAAGAGCAGGAGUGGGAUACUGUACAAGGUGGUGGCCGGGAGGGGAUCCGGUGCGGCGGCAUCUACGGUUGUUGCGGUCAGGCGGUUGAGUGAAGAUGAUACCACGUGGCGGUUCAAGGAUUUCGAGUCCGAGGUGGGGGCCAUCGGGAGGGUCCACCACCCCAACAUCGUGCGGUUGAGAGCUUAUUACUACGCCAAUGAUGAGAAACUGCUGGUCACGGAUUACAUUCGCAAUGGGAGCUUGUACACUGCACUGCAUGGGGGUGUUUCCAAUUCUCUGCCGCCACUGCCAUGGGCAGCAAGGUUAAAAAUUGCUCAAGGAACUGCAAGGGGUUUAAUGUACAUACACGAGUUCAGCCCCAAAAAAUAUGUUCACGGCAACGUAAAAUCAACGAAAAUUCUUCUCGAUGAUGACCUCCAGCCUUACAUUUCUGGUUUUGGACUCAACCGUCUUGUUUCGAGCACCUCUAGACUUACCAAUUCAGCAUCCAAAAAGCUGAACUCGAACCAAACCAUCUUUGCCUCUACAACGGAUUCAAGCAUUUCAGCUCCCUCUACCGUUUACAUGGCACCCGAGGUUCGAGUUUCCAGCAGCAAGUUCUCUCAGAAAUGCGAUGUUUACUCUUUCGGUAUCGUGCUCUUGGAGAUGUUGACCGGCCGGCUGCCAGACGCAGGACCAGAAAAUGAUGGGAAGACACUAGAGAGUUUUGUAAGGAAAGUGUUUCGGGAGGAGCAGCCGCUGUCGGAGAUUAUAGACCCGGCACUUCUGCCUGAGGUUUAUGCAAAGAAGCAAGUUGUUGCAGCGUUUCAUGUUGCACUCAGUUGUACUGAACUUGAUCAAGAGGUGCGGCCUAGGAUGGCAACAGUGUCUGAGAGUCUUGAUCGCAUCAAAUCACAAUGAGAAAAGAAAAGAACCGAGUUCCUGUUCUUGGUUUUGAAUUUUGAUGCUGAAGCCGUUUUGGUUUGUUUGAAAUCCUUGGUUGGAGGUGCUUCUUCUGUAUGUAUGUUUUCUUGGAUACUUUAUUGUAAGCCAAGCCAUUCUCUUCAAGUAUGUCUAAGAUUCCUUGUGCUGAAUGAGUAUUAUGGAUGGAGAUUUCCUGAUAUUAGGCUGCUUGAUCAUGGGAUUAUCCCAAUCAGUGUAUAAUUGAUGUUUAAGAAAAAUCAACCCUUUUAUCUCAUAUGAUUGAAUUUCCUUA